AUAAUGACAGCAUUAUGAAAAUAUUACAAUUACAAAUGAUAACACAACAAAGCUAAUUGGAAAAAUGUUGAAAAGAAGUGAAAAAUGUUGAGUUACAUUUAGGUUCGAAUAACAGGAAAAUAAAUUUUAAAAAUUUUAGACAGAGAAAAUUUUUCAACUAAAAUAACAAGAUUUAAAUUUUAAAGAAUCAAUUUUUAAUAAUGUAGAUGUAUAAUUCUUUAUCUGUCAACUCUAUAAAAACUGCUUAUAUUAUUAUUAUAUACAACGCGUGUUUUCUUAGGCAGGUACAUCAAAAACUCUAUUGCAUAACUAUUUGUUAAGAUUCAUGAUUGAAAUUUUGAUAUUUCUACAAUUGUAAAAAGACAACUAAAACGAAUUUUUAUAAUCAUAAAACUUACAGUAUCUAUAAAUGGUUUUAAGGAUUCGAAAACCGAGGACAAUUUCUACCACCCAGUUAAUAGUAGUUUCUGUAGUCGGAGUUUUAGCCGGUGCAUAUAUUUGGCAACCUCUUUUCGUGAAAUACAGGGAAAACUCGGAGUCAAUCAAAAAAAUGGAGUCUCUUAAAACGAUCAAAAAAUCCUUAAAUUCUUCACCUGGAAUUAUGUUCGCUGGUAUUGCUGUUAGUGGAACCAUCAUUUUUGGCUAUAGAUAUUUAAUAAAACCUACCUUAGAUUAUAGAAGGAGAGUGGAAGCGGAAUCAUUUGCGAAUUUCAUUUUCGAAAAAGAAAAUGAACAGUUAUCAAAAAGCCAAUAAAUUUUUUACAAAAUCCAAACUUUAAUUUCAAUAAAUUUAGUAUACAUAUCUACUAAAAUUUUUU